UCUGUGGUGAGAGCAGGGCCCUUCUCUGCCAAUUGUGUUCUGACUCCCAGGAUCACAGAGGUCACAGACACUGCCUCAUUGGAGUGAGUGUCUAUAUGCAAAUGCUGAAACUUGAAAAGCAAAUGGCAUCUUUAUGGAAGAAGUUCCAAGAACAGGAGGAAUAUCUAAGGGCAGAGAAGAGAAGAAUCUUUCAGAGGAGUGAGUUAGUGCAGCUGAGCCUGAUGACACAGGGUAUGAAACCAAAACUCAGUGCCCAUCCCAACACUGGGCUGACGGCAAGGUUCAGCUGCUUCCAAGUUCUACCUGUACAUACACCUGCCACACCCUCCUCAAGUGUCGAAUCCUCAUCGAAGGUGGAAUCUAGAAAAGGCCGGAACAUCUCGAGGAAUGUCCAUCACAAAACGGCUGUUCACUGGGAUAUUGAAGAACCUGAAGCCCAAGCUUCCACAUCCAGGGAGAAACCACAAAUUAAAAUCAAAGUGUCAGCUAAACGAGCUGACAGUGCAAGUUCAGAAGAAGAUGAGGAAAAGUCACCACUGAGGAGGGUUAAGGUGGCUCCUAAAAAAAAUGGAAAGAGAUCAGAUACCUUGAAAAAGCUCUGUCGGAAGAGGACUCUUCCCCUGACAGAUGAUGUUGAAGGAAGUAACUUCAUUGAUGAAACUUGCACAGAAAAACCACAAAAUAAAACAGAAGUGAAUCUGGAAGAAGUCCCCCCAGUACCAGAAUGUCAGGACAGUGCAACUUUACCAAUGGAUAAGGAUAAAGCACCAGUGAAAAUGGAAAGAUCUAGAAACCGCAGAUCUGUAUUGGCAAUCUUAAGGAAAUUUUCUCGAAAGCGAACUGUGGCCCCCCUUGAAGUGGAAAGACCUCAAGUCCUCCCAGGUACCUCCCGAGAAACAGCACACGCUACAACAGAAGUGGUACCUAAAAAUCCUGAUGCUGUACCUUCAGCAGGAGGACAGGGAGAGACACCAGUGGGGAUUGAGAAGGUGGCGACUAAAAAACGUAGACGCAGUAUGUAUUAUAGAAUCUCUUAAGAUACAUUUUAGAAAGGAAUAGUAUAAACACUGGAUAUCCUUUUGUCUAGUAUAGAACGGUGCUCUAGCUCACCUACUGGGAAAAACUUGUAUGCAGUUGUUUGGUUU